AUGGACCCAGCCGUGUUUGAGGAUGUCGCCAAUAGCUUCGCUAAGCUACGGAUGUAUCCGUACUUCGACAUAUGCCAUUAUAUUUUAAUGAGUAUAGCUGUUAAAGAAGAUACUCCUCAGUCGGGUAUGUUCAUCUCAAUUCUCCAGGCGACAUCCAUUUUCUUGCUGGCUGGCUACAAUGCUCAUGUGUUUUGGCGCGGUGCUGACGGCCACAAUUGUAUGGUAAGCAGUAUUACAUACAAUGUAUUCCUUCUUAGGUACAUGAUUAACUACUUUCCAUUCGAUCUUCUCUAUCGAAUGAGCAAAUUUCUGCCUAUAAGGCUUUUAAUAUGCUCACUGAAAGAGAUCCAGAGAGCUCGGAAGAUCUCGAUGGGCGUUCACCACGGCCUCCACCAGUUUCCCGAAUCUGCUGUUAUGUGUGUUCUUCUGGGAUUACUCAAAGGCUGUGGUAGUGUUAAUAUACGACCGGUCUCCCAGUUUGUUAUGGGUACUUGGGAGCCGAAGAAAAACCCCGUACUAGUAAUACCAAUUUGUAUUGUGUUGUUAGGUGUUGUGCAUAUUAAAACAAGCUGUACAAUCGUGUCAUAUACUGGAUAG